AUGUCGCGAGCAGAUGUUUCCCGCACAGAGUCCUCGGGCGAACAAGACCCUAGGGGCGAUAUUGAAACCGACAAGAAAUCCAAAAGCAGGAGACCAGCAAACACCGCUUUUCGACAGCAACGUUUGAAAGCAUGGCAGCCUAUCCUGACCCCGAAGAGUGUAUUGCCGCUUUUUUUUGCUGUUGGUGUUAUAUUCGCUCCCAUCGGAGGCCUGCUUUUAUGGGCGAGCUCUCAAGUUCAAGAGAUUAUCAUAGAUUACUCCGAAUGUCACAAAGCGAGUGAUCAUCCCGUUGACAUCUCCAAUAAAGUCACUUCCACCUUUACCAUGGACAACCGCCCGACAUGGCAGUAUAACGGUUCAGUUUGCACACUGCUUUUCGAGAUUCCAGAGAACAUGGGUCCUCCUGUUUACAUGUACUACCGUCUCACGAAUUUCUACCAGAAUCAUCGGAGAUACGUCAAAUCCUUGGAUAUAGAGCAACUCAAAGGAAAGGCGGUCGACGCCAAAACUAUUGACAGUGGCUCAUGCGAUCCUCUCAAACUUGACCCGAGCGGCAAACCAUACUAUCCAUGUGGGCUUAUCGCAAACUCUCAAUUCAAUGAUAUAAUUAGCAGCCCCGUGCGGCUGAGUUCCCUCGACCCCGAAACGUACCAGAUGACCAAUAAGGGGAUUGCCUGGGAUAGCGAUAGAGAGCUUAUAAAGAAAACACAGUACAAGCCUGGACAGGUUGUUCCACCCCCGAAUUGGGAGAAACGCUUUCCAAAGAAAUAUGUUGAUGCUAUCCCCGACCUUCAUGACGAUGAAGAGUUCAUGGUUUGGAUGCGAACUGCAGCGCUUCCUGAUUUCAGCAAGCUCUCUCGAAAAAAUGACGACACACCCAUGCGAGCAGGGACCUAUCAGCUGAACAUCACGCACAACUUUCCUGUCACAGAUUAUGGCGGCACGAAAUCAAUCCUUCUAACUACGCGCACAGUCAUGGGGGGGCGAAAUCCUUUCAUGGGGAUUGCCUAUGUUGUUGUUGGUGGAUUUUGCGUUCUACUUGGGGCCCUCUUCACUGUUGCUCAUUUAGUACGGCCCAGAAAACUCGGCGACCACACUUACUUGACAUGGAAUGCUGAGCCGGAAGGCGCCGCUGUUGCGACAGGAAGAGAUACCAGGUAUGGGUCACAAGCGCCUUGA